ACAAAACUGCUUUAUUUGUUCGCGAGCAGGAGGAUAGAGAGGGGAAUACAGGAUUGAAGCGGAGGGGGUCCCUGCCAAAGAGGAUUAGAGACGUCUGGGCCAUCUGUUUGGAGCUGGAUAUAUAAAGUUAUAACUUUAUUUAGCUUCUUAACAUUAACUCUUCUUUUAAUUUAACACUUUCCCCUCUUUAUUCCGUUCAGUAUCAAUUUAAAUGGCCACAAUUAAAAUCCGUAAACAAAACGCGCUGUUUACCCAGUAGAUUUCAACACGUUGAACGCCACUGAAUGGGUUUUAUGUUGACGUUACCGCGUCCUCCACAGCAAUAGCGUAACUUCCGCGUUGGUCUCCAACGGCAACCUAGUGACCUCGAGGCUCUCAGGAUGGAUUCCCUUACAGAGACGGAGAUGGCAAAGAUAGCGAGGCUUCCGAGGAAUGCUGGCAUCCAAAGACUCAGCCGUCACUUCCAUUGGUUCGAAUUUACCAACGAAAAGCUCCCUUUGCAUCAAGCGUUUGUAUAUGAUGUCGCCAUGUUCACAGCAGGGCAAGGCUUCUCCUGGGCCGACGUGAUCCACUCAGCUAUGCUUGCCAAGGGCAUCUUCUCGCAGUCGCACGAAUUCGACCUAAACAACUUCUGGGCCCUGCUGCGAGAUGUGCUGUGUGAGCAUUUCCCAUACUUGACGUCUUUACACCGGCACAUCUUCACCGAGUACCUGAUCGACACCUGCGUCUGCAGAAGGAGGCUGUUCCAGGUGGCCAUAGGUAUAACGGCUGAGGAGCUGCUUGUUCAGAAACAGCUGGAGGUGCAGCUGCCGCCCACCCCCUGCCCUUUAGCACAGGGGACCGAUCUCGAGAUGUGGGAGGCGCAGUCUGAGCUGCGAGCAAAACUCGAUUCCUCCCUGGAGCAGUUGGAGGAAAAACUCAAAUGUGUCUUGGCCGAGCCACGGGUCACUCUGGAGGACUUUAACGUCCCAUCAGAUGGGGAACUGGACAAAGAGAGCGCAGUGGGGUUGGUUCGAUCUGCAGUCAAAGCCACAGGAGGCCAAGUGCUGGCAAGUCUGAGUCAAGAGACAUCCCUCCGCAAAGAGAUCUUUCAGAUCAAAAUGCAGCAGGAGGCUUUGAUCGUUGCUGGGCGCCCAAAAAUACCAACUCCUACCACGACACCAACAAAGAAAAAGGGUGAAAAAGCAAAAACAAAAGCAGGAAAGAAGAAAUAACUGAAAACGCAAAAGCUGGUUUAAUUAAAAGAAAAAUUAAUACAAAGCAAGCUGUUAUUGUUUACGGUUGUAAUUUUGGUGGUUUGUCUCAGAAAUGUUGUAAUUUUAUGUCUUUUUAGCUCUUAAGAUCUGUGUAUUUUUAUUUUAUGUACAUGCUUUUCUCGAGCAAGCAGCACAACACAUGAAAGUGAAGCAAUACGCACGAGUAAUA